AUGGAAGCUGAUAAGCCAACGACGAUGAUCUGCACAUUGCUAGCAAUAGACAACACCACCGGCUUCUCCUACAGAGUCUGCUCCGUCUGCGAGCAGACUCUCCCCGACAACCCUUCUUCCCUCUGCAAAUUCUACAGCCUCAAUGCCUUCAAAACCCGCUUGCCUCGCACCAAACGCCUCUUUCGCCUUCUUAUGUCAAUAGCUUCGGAUACAAAAGUGCUUAAUGUGAUAUGCUUUGAUAGGGCUGCCAAGGUUCUGUUUGGGUGCUCUGCUGAUGAGUUUUUUGACUUCGCCAAGUUUUGUUAG